AUGUCUCAUUCUCCAAUUCUCACUUUCAAAUACUCAAGCCCUAAGCCUUUACUAUCCUAUAUGGUAUCUAAUAUAGAUCACCUUGUUCAGUGCUCAAAGGAGCGUAUAUAUUAUCAGCAUUUACUGCUUCCAGAACUAUCAACAUUUAUACAUACAGUGUACAAGAAAUGUAAACUCUCGCCUACUGUUCUCGUCAUAGGGCUGAUAUAUUUGGAAAGAUUGAAGAAAAAUCUACCACCUCAAGCGCAAGGAGAAUACGAUACACCCUACAAAUUAUUCUUAGCUGCUAUAAUUAUAGCCACCAAAUAUAUUGAAGACUACAACUCUCAUGCUGUGGUCAUUUACAAAGUGGUUUCCGCCCUAUACUCAACCAAGGAAUUGAAUGAAAUGGAACGAAGCUUUCUAGGCGUUCUAAAGGUAAGAAACAACGUAUACUGCUUGCUUACUUGA